CCAUGGCGGGGCCCCCGCGUUGCGAGCUGUGCGGGGCCCGAACGGCCCCGCUGCGUUGCCCCGGCUGCCGCCUCACCUACUACUGUGAUGUCUCCCACCAGAAAACCGACUGGGUCAGCAUCCACAGCCAUAUCUGCCACCUGCUCACUCCAGUCCUUGGGCCACAGCCCUGUUUCCAUUCUGAAAAAGACAGAAAACAUGGCAAGGAGCAGCUACUGAAGAGGCAGGAAUCCCUCAUUGCUUUGGCGUUGAGCACAGCCCAGGGAUUUGUGUGGGCAGGGAAGCCGCUGGAAGCAAUUCCUGCAGCGCUGCAAGCACUGCGCUUCAGCUCCCGAGUGUUCGGCUCUGGCUCCGCGCAGCUCGUGCCCAUUUAUCUGCUCCUGGCUGAGGCCUCCACGGGCACUGGCCAUCUCCAACAGGCAGCCAAGUAUCUCUCCCAAGCCCAGUGGAUCAUCCUCCAAACCCCAGACUGCAGUGCUGCUCUUCAAUCUAAGUUACACCGUGGUCUGGGACUUUUCUCUAUUGCUGAAGGAAACCUGGACCAGGCUUUGUAUCACCUGGCCAAUGAAGUUUACCUGGCUACUGCUGAGUUUGGACUAAAAUCUGUUGAGGUCUCUGGAGGGUACUUAAACAUGGCCAACAUCUUCUUCCACCAGAAUAAAAUGGAUGCAGCAAACUCACUCUAUACUGAGGUGAGCAGCCUCUGGCAUGACUGGCUGCUGAGCUUCCUUCAAGGGCACCAGCAGGUCCUCCAGGCCCAGACAGAAGCAUCACCGUUCUCCGAGGAUGAGGAAGGCAUAGAGGACGGGAUGACCAAAGCUCAGCGCGAGGAAGGAACACGGGUGCUGUGGGCAGUGCUGAAGGUCCGAGAACAGGGACCACUGCAGCAUCCCAAGGAAACAGUCCGAGUCCUGCAUGCCUUGGCCAUGAUCCACUACCUGGGCCUGGAUUUAGCCAAGGCCCGGGAGCUGGGGAUGAAAGCCUUUGACCUGGCCAAGCAGCUGCCCCAGCAAGACUCUCUAGAAACCAUCGGUCACCUGCUGGAGUUAAUUAAUGCCCAGUUUUCCCACACCACAUAAAAACUGGCUCUGCCUGACCCAGGUGUUUGGCCAGGUUCUCUCUUAUCCAGGUUCCUGGAUCAGCGUCACAAGCCCUUGAUCCUUCCUGCUCCUGUCUCUUUCCAGGUGCAUCCCUGGCUGUCUC